AUGGCGAGGCGGCCCCGCCCAGCCGAGGUGGCUCCGCCGGGGCCGGGCGGAGCUCGGGCCCGCCCCGGAUCCGCAGGCCGGCGGAGGCUGCCGCCGAUGGCCCCGGGCUCCGGGGCGCUGCCGGUGCCGCUGCCGGUGCCUCAGCUGGUGCUGGCGGCCCGGGAGGCGCUGGGGCCCGGCCGGAGGCGGCGGCUGCCCGCGGCCCGAGCGCUGCAGGCGGCCGGGGAGGUGCUGGCGGUGGCGGCCGGGCUGAAGCCGGCGCUGCUGUGGGACUGCGGGGCCGCGGGCCCGGCCGAGCUGCGGCGGUACCUGGGCAGGCUGCGGGAGGCCGGGCUGGCCCCGGGCCGCCUGCACGUGCUGGCCAUGGGCGGCUCGCUGCUGCUGCUGCGGCCGGGCCCGGCUCUCGGGCGGCUCCGGGCCGCGCUCCGGGCCGCGGCGCUCGUGGAUGUGUCGGGGGCGCGGCGGGGCCCGGCGCUCUGCGGCCCGGCCGAGGCCCCCGCCCUGCGCCGCCACCUCGCCGCCCUCCUGGGCCACCUGCGGGACACCGAGGCCGCCAGCGACGAGCCCGUGACCGCCAGCGAGGUUGCCGCCGGCGACUGGAACCUGUGCGCCGUGGCCGGGGUGCUGCUGGGCUACCCCGCCGUGUACACAUUCGCCGAGGGCGCCGAGAACUGCCUGGCGCUCACCCCGCUGAGGGUGUUCACGGCCCGGGCCUCCUGCCCCCGGAUAAAGGAUGGGCUCAGGGUCCAGAUCUGCUCCUUCAGCGUCCCGGAGAGCCUCUGCGCGGAGCUCAGGGACGUGCUGGAUGCCUGGUGCCACGAGCUCAGGGAGGCUUUCGGUGCUCAGAGUGAUUUUGUGGAUCUCUGCAUUUCGAGCGAGGUCGUGUCUCUUCCAGCGGUUGCCUUGUAAAAUAUGAGCAUAGUCUGACUUUUUAGCCUUCCUGGCUGCAUCGGGGACCAAGGCAGAAGAUCCAUUUCCCUGUGUGUGUUGUCCCCUGCAUCUCAUGGUCCUUGAGCACUGAAAGCUGAGUUGUGACAGUCACCCAGGCUGGUGGCAAAACCAAAUACAUGUUCUUUAAAAAAACGAGAGUGGACGUGUGUGCUCCCAGAUGCUCUGCUGCCUCGGUCCUGCCUGCCUGCACAUCACACCCUGCAAAGUCAGUGUGUAUUGAUUUGCAGUGGGCAGCUGAAGAUUAAUAAAUGAUUUGAACAC